UCGGAGAAUACGCACGGAAAUGCGGUAAAGCUCGCUGAAGAUGAAGAGCGGGUCAGUGCAGGGCUGCGAACAGUCUCUGUAUUCGGCUUUAUUAGUUUCUCAAACAUCGUCCUGAGACACCGAAAAUGAAGUGUCCAGAGUGUGGAAACACUUUUCUUGGAGAAGACCACGAUUUCUGCUUUAAAUGUGGCUGCAAAAUAUCGAAGGCAAAAGAAGAACCGAGUUCACCAUGUUCACCGUCAGUUGACGACAACAGCAAGGCACCCGCAACGAAUGUAGAAGAAUCUGACUUUCAGGAAGACACAGGCGUUUCACUUGAUGGAGUACAAAGGAAAAGAAAGGAUGAAGGUGAACAAGAAGGGAAACCUGCAAAACGGAAGUCUGUUGGAAAUGAAGUUGAUUCUGUCCCUGGUGGAGUUGAUGAUGUGACUGCAACUGCUUUGCAGAACCUACAACUAUCAAAGGAGCUACCUGAAGGGCAGCAGAAGACACUUCCUGACACAACAUCGGGAUUAGUACCAGCUACUGAACACCCCUUAAGUGACUCCAGGGAAUCAGAGCCAAUGUCUAUUAAGCAGGCAUCCAACACUGGGUAUCAGCUUACAGCCACGGAAUCUGCUACGCCUGAAGUUGGCAGAACUUGUGAGUCAGAGAAGUUGCUUAGAGCACCCAGUUCAUCUAGCCCAAAUGCCAAUGCGCAGCAAAAUCAAGAAGAAGAGGGUGGAGUCAGAGGAGAAAAUGGGGAGGCAGACAGCAAGUCAAACAAGUCUGCAGGCAGCACUGCAAUGAGGCAAUCCACUGAGGAUGACAUGGGCAACAGUGAUAGCAGUAGUGGCUCUGGUUCAGAGGAAGAUGAAGUAAAUCAGCCAAAAGAUAAGAUCAAGAGAAAAAAACAAAAAAGUGCUUCCAAGAGGCAGAGGGAGAAGAAACAGGACCAGAAAAAAAGGAGGGAAGCUGAACAGCGAGAAGCAAUUCGGAAAGAAAGAAAUGGAGGCAAUGUUGAUGAAAAUAACAAAGAUGCCUACCAGACAGAGCAGAAAAUGAGAAACAAGAAUUCUAUAAAAGCAAGCACCAAAGAUCAAAAGAGCAAGGGAAAAGGGGCUUCAAAGGGAAAUAAAAAAAUGGCACAAGAUAAGAUGAACAAUGAAAAAUCUACAGACUUUGAAGGUUUUGGGCCUGGCUACCAGGACAAAAUGACCAUUAUCUUUCAUGCUGUACUUGCACCUCACUUCAGUUUUGAGGGGAGCCGUGGAGACAAGAUCUUUAUGAGAUUUGGUAGACUACAGUUGGGGAGCUUCAAGAGUAAUGUUCUGGAGUUGAAGCCAGUAAGGAACCUGGAUAAUGGUUUUCUGUUGGUGAGAGGAGAGCUACAAGUUCCUUUUGGAUUGGUUUCUGGGAAUGUGCCUUACAAAUAUGUUGUACACAGGAUGGGAAGAGAAAAAGGAGAAGAGGGAAAAUAUUUGUGGGAACAUAUCGUCCAUGCUGGACCUUACAGGAACAGGUGUCUUUGUAUACCAAAGGAUAGGUGCCACAUUGGAGCAAUUUGGUAUCAGUAUGAUGAUGGAAUUUUUAGUGAACCUAAUCUAGUCCAAAGCUUGCGCAACAUAAUGCCAGUUUGGAAAAGUAUGGAUGUUCUCGAAGGGCGAAACCUUGCUACAUCAGCCAUGCUGCGCGAGUGGAAAGAUCUCUUAACUGUCAAAAGUGACAAAACAAUGGCAGCUUGGGAUUUUAUUAGGAGAGUUGGAGACUUAGCCUACUGUAUGACAAAUUCCAAAGUUGAGGAUUAUGGACGUGUCAUACCAAAUGUUCCUCCAAGAUAUAAUUUUAAGCAAAUUCUGAGGGAUUACCUGAAGCCUAAAAUUGAACAGAAUGCUACUCUUCGGGAGGUGGAUGUGGAUGAGGAAACAAGGCUUUCUUGCCUAGUUUUAGCAGUAGCCAUUUGUCAUAUCAUUACAUCGCACAAAGUACAGCUUGAUGUUGAAGAUUAUCACAAGCUUUUGAUGUCAUUAUCUCUUUGGUCUGAUACUGAAGAAAAUACCUGUUCAGCAUUUAACAAGCUACUACAUAACUUUCCUGAUGCGCAUUGGAGAGAGUUAGGUGAGUCAAUUCAAGCCAUCUGCAGAUAUGCUGCAAAGAAUCAUCGUCAUCUUAACUCCUGGCUGUUUGCUGUGCCCUUGGCCCACUUUUUAACUCAGGAAUCAGAGCCUUUCAAUGCAGCUGUGUUGCUUCUUGAAACACCUCAAGACGGGGAAGACACAUGGUGGGGAGCCGGUGGCUUUGAGACAAAGGCUGUGAGAGAAAGGACCGUGGGUGAUGAUGGCUGUCCAUCACACAUGAUCAAAAUGCUGGCUCCAUUGUUUGCCUUGGACCCUCUCUUCAGAAGAACAUUUCUUCUUGUUGUUCCUUGUCAAGCAUUUGGAAGAAUUGCUGCUUCAGGGAUAUUCACAGCACUGGAAAUGUGUACUACUCUGGCAAGAAUUGUACGAGAAAUACGCUUUAUGACAGAAGAGGAGAAUGGAGCUAUAUCUGCUACCUUUAAGAAAGUAAAGAAGGAUUUUAACAUUUCUACGCAAGGGCAACAUCCAAGUUCCGUAGUGGGUGAUGACGAAACCCUAAAACAUGAAGCCGUCCUUUGCGCCAACUCUUGCUUGAGCAUUUUGAAGACAGUGCUUUCCCAUACAAGGUGUCAUUCCAUUCUGCUGUACGACUGUCUGGAAGCAAUUGAAAUGUGCACUGCCACACUGAAAACUGAAGCUGUUGAAGGUGAUGCGAACCGAGAUGCAGGACACCUGAGCAGAAUUGCAGAGGAAACCCUUCGUACGGUGAAGAAAUGGUUGAAACAAGUGUUGCACGAUCAAGUUCCAUGCUACACUGAUUCUGCAAAGCGUGAAGAACUAACGGUCUGGACUAAACUGUUUACUUUGUGUUGGACAAACAGCCAGGCCAAUGAAAUGUGGAGAAACCAACUUAUGGACACUUUCACACAGCGUUUGGAGGAGCGUGAGUGUAAUGACCUGGUUGAACUUUUUACCAAAACCAACAUGAGUGCAUAUCAUCAUUCCGUUCAGGAUUUGGUGUCCAAAGUGACAUUCAAGAAAGUGGAAAGCAUGCUUCAGACAGGACAUAAAGGUGCAGAGGUAUUUAAAAAUAUUACAGAGCAUGGACUUACGUCUCCUCAGGCAUCUAAAUGUGGUGAGCUUCUUACCCUAAUGAUACAAAGAUGCUGGCCUCAGCCCAAAACUGGCAAUGCGCUGUCAAGUCUAGUCAUCCUUAAUCAUUUGCUUACAUGGAGCUUGUGGCCUUGCUUUCUGCAGAGAUUUGGUAGAGAAUCUGACUAUCGCUGUGUAUUAAAAGAAGAUGGACAAGAAAUUUUGAUGCUAGCCAUUUCGUCUCUUGAGGCUGCCAUAGGACUCUUGAAGAAUGGAGCUAUAGAAGUUCAAAUGCUAAUUCUACUCAAGGAUUAUUCAGAACGAUUUCUAUUGCUCUGCAAGCAGAUCAGCAAGGACGAAAAUGAAAGUUCAUCCUUAAGCCAUUUGUUGAAUCAACGUUGUAGUGAACUCAUUGCAUUUCAGCGGGAACGGAACAGCGUUUCUGCCUUCUUAAGGAUGUGCUCAUGUAUCGAACAAGUAAACCUCCAUGAAUUGUCAGGGAAGGUGGCGACAGACGCCUCUCGCCUAUCCAUGAAAGAUCUUGUACGGUCAACAAUUGUUGGUGGGAGAGUGUUGCCAGUGGUAACUUUCUUUGGUCUUUCUUCGGAGGCUAGGGAAAUGAUUUCAACUCUUAGUGAACUAAAGGACAGUAUUCUCCUUAGGCAAUUUUGGAAGGACAAUGGGUACAAGGCACUUAAGAAGACUGGACAAGAAGCAGCCCAAAAGGUGGCCCGCAGUGUUGAAGAUGUUGUGGAGUUGAUUUGGACACCUUCAUUUGAGCAGUUGCAGUCUUUGCAAAAGCGUUUCUUAUGUGGUACGAUUUCCUUUGAAGAGGUGGACAAGUUUUUCAAUGUCUUCAAAGGCAACCAGAAGUAUGAAGAUCUUACCAAAGAAAUCAGGCUUAUCACUUCAAGAAAUGACGGUCAAGGGCCACCUCUAAAUUCAACAAUUGACGAGCGCAUUCGGCAGAUAGAGCAGUACCACAAGUUACAUAACUGCAUUGAUGUUGCUAAGAUUAUCCUGGAUUUCAAAACGAGUAAUGGCCUGGAAGGAAAUUUUCAAGUGGUAGAGGAUCUGCUCAACCAGACGCAUAGUGAAUUCAAACAGCGGCCACUGAGAACCAUGAAUGCAGCAUUGCGGGACGCUGGAAGACAGUUGUCCAGAAUAACUCCUGGCCGUGCGCGCUGCCUUGAUGCUGUAACCAGAUGUCAACGUUUAAUUGACUGGCUGAAGGAAACUAUUUCAGGACCUCAAGAACUCAAGGUGCUUGUGGAUUUGGCCAUCAUAUCAGCUGGGGAGACAGACAUGGAGACCGCAAGAAUAACCUGCUUACAUACCAGCUGCUUAGGAUUUGCACCACUUAUCUUCGAUUUGAAACGUUCUUUUGGUUUUGACGAUUUAAUGAGAACUUGUGAGCCAGUUUGGACUGCAGUGGAUACAGAUCCCACGCUCCCUACAAAACUGGAGGACACCAGUCGUCACAUGGAUUGGCUUCAGAAUGUCAAAACAUCUCAUGGUUCUGUGGCCAUGUCCUCUCUUAUGGAAGCUAAGACUAUCAAUGAACAUGGCAUCUACAGCGUUGGAUGCCUUAAUGAAGAUGCGAGUUCAUCACUAGUACAGGAACAAUUAACGCUGCCCAAUGUGAUUAAGCUCAGAGUGCCGUCAGGUAAAACCGGGAACAGCAAAGAAUAUACACUCGAUGAUCUGAAGGAUUUGCAAAGUAAGCUCAUGCUUAUUGCUGCUAAGGCGUCGCAUGGCAAACAGGACGUUGACAGAUUUGUUGAUAUUCUGCAAUGUGUCCUGCGACUUGCCACAGUUUAUAUUUCACUUUGCAAUGCUGGGGAAGUGAGUCACCUCAAGUGGAAACAUGAAUUUGAUUGUACCCCAAGACUUGCCACCAACCGCCCUCUAAUAGAUGAUUUGAUGGAUGAAAGUGUGCAAAUGGAACAGUGUCUUCAGUUGUGGAAAGAUGAACUACAUGCCAAGCGUUUGCGGUACAGUGAAUUAAAUCACUUCACCACGCGGCAGUUGCUGUUCCUUCGACGUAAACUGGCCAUUGUCCAAGGCAGAGGCCCCAGAGCAGUGGAUGGCAUUCCUCUUGAAGUGUAUAACCUUUUGGAGAGCGUGUUACCAGGCAUUGACCCGGCCACUCUGAAGUCUGUGCUUACAUUUUGUGGUAUAUGUAGUCAAGAGGAUGGCCAAGACAUCAUCAGGUCAUAUGGUACCAGCAGUAAACGUCAGCGACCAAGUGAUAACUCCGACAGGUCUAAACUGUCAAAAGAGCUGCAGCCUUCAAACAAAGAAAUGUUCCAGUCACUUGUUGCCAAGUUGGAGUUGCUUGGUUACUCUGAGGAGGUUGCCAUAGCCGCAAUGAUCACAUGCAAAGAUGCCACGGAGGCAGAUCUAAUUGUGUGGUCUGUCCAAAAUGGAAACAACGAAGAUCUGAUCAGUGCUAAGCACUCAGAGGCACAGAAUGAUCCCAGAUAUUUGCAGCUAAUGGAUAAGGAUAGCACCACAUCUCGGGAACAAGAAAGUCCUGGAGAGGAAGAUAUGACAGAUGAAUCAGGGGAUUCAUCAGAACCAAUGGAAACUGCUUUCACUCUUGACCAGACAGCAGAUGGGGAAUUUCUCAGCCUUGAUGACUUAGGAAACCUUUUGCUCCACCUUUCUUCACAAGCUUCUAAAAAAGGACGAAGACGCUUCCCAAGAUACCUGAAGCGUGGAAAGCCAAAUUUUGUGAUUGUUCCAAAAGAUGACAUUUUUGGAACUGUGCUGUCCUUAUACAUGCACGAUAAUUCACAGUCUCUUCCCACAUCUGAAGAAGUCUUGAUCUGCACAUCUGAUACAACUGCAGAAGAGAUUGAAUUGUUAUGGAGACGAUCCCUUGGUGACAAAGAUGGCAGGUUGUUUUGCUUAGUGAACGUUGAUCUGCUUGACUACACUGUCUCCCAGAAAGCCGCCGAUGCCUUAGGAUUUCUACUACAGGCGCCUCAAUACAAUCACAAUGAAGGGCUGUCUCUUGUGGUUAUCUGUAGCUCUGAAAACGAAGACAGAGCUCACAUGGCUGCAGCUCUUGAUCAGUACAGACUAGGAACUAUACCACAUUGUGCAUCACCAAAGGAAAUCAGGCAAUACCUGAAGACACAGUUCAAGCCAUGCUCUCAACAACGGGGAAAGUUCAGAGAUCAGAUCCUGCCGUGGACUCCGGCUGCUGCAUUGGACAAAGAGGGGCUGGCUGUGAGAGUUCUGUCAUCUGAACGAGCAGGAGCUGGGAAGAGCUUGGUAGUUUGUCGGCUCAGCCAGAGCUUACCUGGACUUAAAAACAAUGAAACAGUGGUGGACUUCCUAAGAGACAUGGAGGCUGAUGUGCCACUUUGUAUCACUGUACCAAUUUAUGGACCUUUUGUGCAUCAAUACACCAUUGCAGAGUCCUUGUUACCCCACACCAUUGUUCCUGAUUUGCCUCUUUCACGAGUUUUCCAUCUUGAUGUACAUCCGUCGGUAAAAAGUGGCCUUGACACGCUUCUAUUCAAUCUGCUAGUCCUUGGUGUGUUAGAGAGCAGUAGUGGCCAGGUCUGGAGGAGAAGACCCUCUGAUCUGUAUGUGAUUGAACUAACUCCAGGACCAUCACAAAGUUCAAAUGAAACUAUUGAAAGAAGACUUCCGGUCACCAAGCGUGGUAGCUCCACGAAAGUCAUAGCAGAACCGUUUUACAGGCUGCUUCCUACCAUUCACUGUGGAACACCAAUGCAAACAUUAUUUCAACUGAGAUCGAAUCCAGUGGCUGGCAACAGUCUCAACCCUCUCUUUGACAAUGCUGAAUUCCAAAGCUCUUAUGUUCAGCGUGCGUUUCAGUACCUUAAGCUAUGGGAAUCAGCUGGCGAUAGUCUGGAUCAUUUCUGGUUCUUACCAGGUCAAGUGAUGGGUGACCACGCAGAGUGUAUAGAGACACUCACCAGAAAUUGUGGCAUCGAGGACCCUUCAUGGUCUGAGUUACGGUACUUUGUAAACUUCCUCAACUCUCAGCUUCAAGCCUGUGAGGAAAGUUCAUUCUGUAACAUGGAUUUAGUGGGGGACACGUUGGAGGGUUUUAGAAGCUUUGUGGUCCGCUUCAUGAUCUUGAUGUCGCGGGACUUCGCUACACCAUCUCUUAAUUCUUGUGAAAGUCCCACUGGCACUUCUGANAGCUUUGUGGUCCGCUUCAUGAUCUUGAUGUCACGGGACUUCGCUACACCAUCUCUUAAUUCUUGUGAAAGUCCCACUGGCACUUCUGACCAAGACGGUGAUGCUAACGGCGAUGAUGAAGGAGCUACAGAAGCUGAGGUUGUCCGAUUAAGUCUCAGAAGACGCUGGGAGACUAGCUCGCAUCCUUACAUAUUCUUCAACCAGGAUCGCAUCACCAUGACAUUUGUUGGUUUCCACAUCGACCAAAAUGGCAAUUUGAUUGACCCAGACCUUCAUGUUGUCAUUCAGCAAAAUUUGAUGUCAAGGCACCUGCGUACUGGUCUGUUUGUGCAAAAGGUUGACAUGGAAACUAACUAUGAAUCUUGGAGCAAAGGCGAGAAAAUUGAGAAGCUUUGUGGAGUAAUGGGCGUUGAGUGGCCUUAUGAUCCAGAUGACUCAUAUGAACUCACCACAGACAACUUGAAGAAAAUUUUGGCUAUCCACAUGCGCUUUAGAUGUGGCAUCCCUGUGGUUAUAAUGGGCGAGACUGGCUGUGGAAAAACAUGCCUCAUUCGAUACAUGUGUGGCUUACAGUCUGGGCCUGGUGGACCAAAGAACAUGCUACUAAUGAAGGUUCACGGGGGGACAACCUACAAAGACAUUGAGAAGAAGGUGGAGCAAGCUGAGGAAAUGGCUAGAGUGAAUGAAAUGUUGAACAUUGACACGGUGUUGUUCUUUGACGAGGCUAACACGACUGAUGCUUUGGGAAUGAUCAAGGAAGUCAUGGUGGAUCGCAGAGUCAAUGGCAGAAAGAUAGGAGUAGGGCUCAAGAGGCUACAGUUCAUUGCAGCAUGUAAUCCUUACAGAAAGACUCUCGAUGAUGUCACCCGAGCCCUUGUACUUUCCCUUGGGGUAUGUUACCAGGCACGCCUUCAAGACAGGGAACCGUAUCGUCGUGCUGUGGCUCGAAGCUUUUCCCAACCAUGCCAGCUGCCUGGUGGACAUCAACGUAUUUCGCAGGAAAUUACACGGUGUCAGAAAGCAGUACUGAAUCAGUUGGAAUUAUUAGGUCAUAACAUUGCUCGCAACACGGCCUUGAGUGAGAACGUGUUUAUGAUGGUGGUGUGUAUUGAGCUCAGGAUCCCACUGUUUGUGGUUGGUAAACCGGGCAGCUCCAAAUCCCUUGCCAAAACUGUUGUGGCUGACAACAUGGAAGGAGAUGCCUCAAGAUCUGAGCUCUUCAAGACUUUUAAACAGGUACAGAGUAUUAACUUUUCGAUAUGCAAUAUUCAAAAUAGAGGUUUCAGGAGACGGUCUGAAACUCUCCAAGAGUCCAAGAAGGAUGAAUUCUUUGGGCUUCGUGAUUUUUACAGCUUGGUGAAGAUGGUGUACAAAAUGGCCGAGGAGCAUCGACGUGAGCCAAGUUGGGCAGAGGUAGAACAUGCCAUUAGAAGGAACUUUGGGGGACUGGAUGAGAUUGAGCCAGUCAAAGUUUUCAGAAAACAUUUCAGGAGACAGUUCUCACUGGGCAGAAGUGCCAUGGCGACACAGAAUGAAGAUGCCUUCUCCGCAGUGAACCUGAUCAAAGCCAGUCUUGAGCGUCAAAUUUCCAGAGGAGAGAGCCGAUACCUGUUGGUGUUGACGGAGAACUAUGCAGCUCUGCCGAUUGUUCAAGAAGAGCUGCUCAAGAAAAAAGAAGAUCCAGUCAUAAUUUUUGGGAGCAGUUUCCCGAAAGAUCAGGAAUAUACACAGGUCUGCCGGAACAUUAAUCGAAUUAAAGUGUGCAUGGAAACGGGAAGAACAGUGAUCCUCCUAAAUUUAGAGAGCCUCUAUGAGAGUCUUUAUGAUGCUCUUAACCAGUACUACGUGUAUUUUGGAGGACAAAAGUUUGUGGAUCUUGGACUGGGAAGCCAUCGUGUUAAAUGUCGUGUCAGUGAUGCUUUCAGGUUGAUUGUGAUUGCUGAAAGAGACGUUGUUUACAGUAAGUUUCCAAUUCCUCUGAUCAAUCGUCUGGAGAAACAUUACCUUGUGACAUCAGCAAGCCUGUCUUCUGCGCAAACAGCCGUGGUGCUUCGCCUUCAGGACUGGGUGAAAAAUUUUUCUCAAAUCAAUGUCCCACCCCACCAGCAAAUGAGGAAAUAUUUACCUGGUGAUGCAUUUGUUGGUUACCAUGGGGACACGGCAGCAUCUGUAGUGCUUCAAGUGUGCAGCAACAUGGACCAGCUUGGACAGCAUAGUCAUUUCAGUGACCGACAUUCCUGGGAGGAGGAGGUUUUCAAACAAUCACAAGAACUUCUGUUACAGUGUGCUACACCUGAUGCUGUUGCACGGCUGCAAUGCUCCCAGCUAAGACAGCAAUCAGACAAACUGUGGGAUACGUAUUUUACAGUCCAGGAGCAUUCAAGUUUGACAGCCUUCCUUAGAAAUGUUCUGACGACAGAGGAGAGAAAGUCAGACAAAGGAACUUUGAUUCAGGUGACAACUCACUCCAGGCUGCUGUCAUCAAGUGAUUUACAAGACAUUUCAUCCGCUACCUCUCUCUCAUUGCCAAACGUAACAUGUCUGAGUCUGCAGCAGUUCCACACCGAGCAGCAGUUCUGCUCAUCUGUAAGGGACUUCUUUGCUAAACUUGGCGGAAGAGAGGGAUUGCUGCUUGUCCAAUGUGAUGCUGGAGAUCUGAACUGCAACUUGAUCCCUUGUGCUCGUCACCUCCUAGUGGAACAGAGAACCACUGCAGAACAAGAUUUACUAGAAAGUGUUGAACACAACCCCUUGUCGUUCAUCCAUAUAGUUCUGAUUGUUCAACUCCCUCGUCUUGUUGGAGGCUGUCCAACGUUUGCUGGUUUUCAAGGAGGGCGUUGGUUGUCUAUUCACAUAGACGAGCUUCGCCCACCAACGGGUCAAAUUCCAGCCAUUCAGUUCAUGGUGGACAGAACCGUCAGUGAGUUAUUUGACGUGGCACCAAGUACAACGCAGGUUGAUGAUAUGGAAGUUGAGGAGGAGCAGGAACAGGAAGAAAUGACUAACAUUGGCAUGGAGAUCACGGCUGAUGCUUCCUCCAGAUAUACAAACCUGGAUAAAGUAGACAUUGUCAGCCUACUGAGAAGCUGUGUUCAAGCUGCUGUUGCAAGAAUUGAUGACGAGUCUUGUGGUCCAUCAAGGUCAACACGUCGGAUAGAACUGAUGUUGAGUCUUCUUCCAGAUUGCAGAUCCAGAGAAACUGAUUUGUCAUUUGCUACCAUCUUGGCUCGACGAAUCCACAAACUUCUUCAAGAAAAAGAUGAGCGGGCUGGAAUGAAGGCAAGUGAUUGGCUACGCUCGGAGGCUUUAAGCGGUACAGGAAUCCAAGAGAAUGGAACAUUCAGGAAAGCACUGUGGCAGAGGGUCUACUCAUCUGUGAUUCCAAUCCUUUCUGAGGUUAUCGCCGUUGUGGACCGUGAUUCAAACCUGGAAUUGGUAAGAGAGGAAGGUAACUGGCUGUCACGUUUAUGGAUACAACUUUUCCAAAGCCACAGCAUGGUCGAGUUUCGUUACGAUGGUUUCCUGUCACUUGAAAAUGGCGUCAUACGGGAACGUGUGCCGGUGAUCACUGCUGGUCGUGAAAGGCAGGUGUUUGAACUGCAGUUUCCUUUCUCGUGGUUGAUUAAGGAAAAAUUUGAUGACAUGUGGAGGGGCGCAUGCAGCAUUGCAGGUAAGCGGUGCUUUGAUUCUGCCCUUUAAAUGACUAUAUUCCAUUUUAUUAUAUGGCCAGCUCCGUGAGCGGGCAAGAUAAACCGAAUCCUGCGCUAUCUUGCCCGCUUGGG